CAGACUACUUUAAGAAUUAAAAAAUGAAAAAAAAAAAAUCAAAUCAAUCCAUUUCCCCUAAAUCGUCUUCUCUCUCCGUCAUUUCCCCCAAAUUCGACCCAAGCUUCCAACCCAUUUCCUCCCUUCCAAAGCACCAACCUCCGGCAGUCGCUCAGCUCCGGCAUACUCCAUACCUCCGGCGACAUCCCCAUCUCCGGCAGUUGCUCAACAACUCCGUACGGUUGUUAAAGCGAUAUCCAGGAAAAAAAUCGGUGGACAAAUUUCAAUUCUAUUACCAUUUACUUCUUUGGUUUCCUUGUGGGAUGUUAUUAUACCUACUAAAGAACGUGCAAAAUUUUGGAUUCGUACAACAAACAAAUAUCGUUUUAUUGACAGAAGCAAUCUGCGAGGUAAAGACUUCAACUUAACGUUGCAUCGGCAUGUCAUGCCAGAGACAGGCAAGAUGUUUGUUGACAAAAUAGCGAUGAUUGGCUUCUGCUUGCCUAAGACAUAUAGAUGACAAUGGACCCUGUAUGAUUUUUGACGUAACUUUAUUCUUCCCUUAGUUGGAGAUACGAGCAUUUGGAGCAAAAGUGGGAAAAAGAAAUAUGGAUGAAUUAAUCCUUGCAAAUGAAAUUAGUCAUUUACCUCUAGAACUUGAACCAUAAGAUUUUACUUCAUGCACCUUGUGUCUUGCUAAUACAUUGGAUGUUCAUUAAAGGCUUGCCUCUGGUUGUUUAGUGCGCAAGAUAUGCCUCAUGACUUCUUUCGGUAAAUUCAUCUUCCCAAAUAUGAAAUCUUUAAUUGGUUUGUUAUGACUUA